UCCAUGGAAACGUCGUCACGCAGGAGGAAGUGAACGGGACGAGUUGACAGUGAGCUUCCUUAGCAUGGCAACAAAGGCAGUUCUGCCUAGGAGGGCCGACCCCACUGAGUUGAAAGGCAUUUUUGAAAAGUAUGCCAGCGUCAAGAAGAAUGAUGAGUGCUACAUGUCGCCGCAGGACUUUGUGGACCGUUUCCUCCAUGCCCACACGGACAUCCGGCUGUCGGACGAGGCCAUAGAGCUGCUGGCUGGAGUGGUGGAUCAGAAGAAAGAUGGGUUGAUCUCCUUUCAGGAGUUUGUAGCAUUUGAGUCGGUGCUGUGUGCCCCGGACUCCCUCUUCCUGGUUGCCUUCCUGCUGUUUGAUAAAACAGGCAAUGGAAUGACCACUUUUGAGGAUGUGAAGAAGGUUUUCAGUCAGACCACCAUCCACCAGCACAUCCCCUUUAACUGGGACUGUGAGUUUAUUCGGCUGCACUUUGGCACGGAGAGGGACAAGCAGCUCAGCUACGGAGAGUUUACCCAGUUUCUCCUGGAGAUGCAGCUGGAACACGCGCGGCAGGCUUUCAUCCAGCGGGACCAAGCCCACAGCGGCUCCAUCUCAGCCCUGGACUUCAGGGACAUCAUGGUCACCAUCCGGCCUCACAUGCUUACAUCCUUUGUGGAGGAAUGCCUCGUGGCGGUUGCAGGUGGCAGCACAUCUCACCAGGUCAGCUUUUCGUAUUUCAACGGCUUCAACUCACUUCUCAACAACAUGGAGCUGAUAAGAAAGAUCUACAGCACCCUGGCUGGCCACCGCCGAGAUGUGGAAGUCACCAAAGAGGAAUUCAUCAUGGCAGCUCAGAGGUUUGGCCAGGUGACACCCAUGGAAGUCGACAUCCUCUUUCAGCUGGCUGACCUGUCAGAGCCCCGUGGACGUGUUGGUUUAGUGGACAUUGAGCAGAUUGCUCCACUGGAGGAAGGCACCCUGCCUUACAACUUGGCUGAGGUCCAGAGACAGCAAUUGGGCAGUGACGUCUCCCGCCCCAUCCUCAUCCAGGUGGCAGAGUCGGCCUACAGGUUCACCCUUGGCUCAGUGGCAGGGGCUGUGGGUGCCACAGCAGUGUACCCCAUUGAUCUGGUGAAGACGCGUAUGCAAAACCAGAGGAGCAGUGGCUCGCUGGUGGGAGAGCUCAUGUAUAAGAACAGCUUCGACUGCUUUAAGAAGGUGGUGCGCUAUGAGGGCAUCUUCGGCCUCUACCGAGGUCUUGUACCACAGCUACUGGGUGUGGCGCCCGAGAAAGCCAUAAAGCUCACAGUGAAUGACUUUGUGCGUGGAAAGACCAGACAGAAAGAUGGCACAGUUCCGUUGGCAGCUGAGAUCCUGGCCGGUGGAUGUGCUGGUGGCUCCCAGGUGAUCUUCACCAACCCUCUGGAGAUUGUAAAGAUCCGUCUGCAGGUGGCAGGAGAGAUCACCACGGGGCCGAGGGUAAGCGCCCUGUCCGUCAUCAAGGACCUUGGCUUUUUUGGACUUUACAAGGGUUCCAAGGCCUGUUUUCUGCGGGACAUCCCUUUCUCAGCCAUCUAUUUCCCCUGCUAUGCCCACCUCAAGGCUCACUUCACUAAAGAAGAUGGAAGGAUAGGGCCAGCCAAGAUGCUGUUGGCUGGAGCACUGGCAGGCAUGCCAGCGGCCUCUCUGGUGACUCCAGCUGAUGUGAUCAAGACAAGGCUACAGGUGGCAGCACGUGCCGGGCAGACCACCUACAGUGGCCUGGUUGACUGUUUCUGGAAGAUUCUCAAAGAAGAGGGACCCCGUGCUUUCUGGAAAGGAGCAGGAGCUCGUGUGUUCAGAUCCUCCCCUCAGUUUGGCGUGACCUUGGUGAGCUAUGAACUCCUGCAGCGCUGGUUCUAUAUUGACUUUGGAGGACAAAAGCCUGCUGGCUCAGAGCCCACCCCCAAGUCUCGGAUCAGCCUGCCGGCGCCCAACCCCGACCACAUCGGAGGCUUCAGGUUGGCCGUGGCCACGUUCGCUGGCAUUGAAAGCAAGUUUGGGCUUCAUCUCCCACGCUACACAGCGGUGGCAGCACCAGCAGCAGCGGCCGAAUGA